UUGGGUGUUCCGGUUCUCCAGCCGCACAUCCUGAACACUGUCUCCGCUUUGUUGGGCUUUGCCGCUAGUUGUGAAGCCCUCACACGUUGCUAUUCUCUGGCAUUAGGGACCGAGAAAGAGACGGAAAACGACUUAUCAGGCCUCGGCAACUGACUUUCGCCGUUACACCAAUGCGUAUUGCCUCAACUGCGCAAGCGCCGCAGCCCGCAGCGGACCGGGGCUGCGUGGGGAAGGUGGGGGGCGAGGGGCAGAUCCUAUGACUGCACUUCCGGCGCGGGGCCGGGCCGACUUCCAGAGUCAGAGCCGGGACAGCAGCAAUGGCGAUUUUCAGUGUGUAUGUGGUGAACAAAGCAGGCGGCCUGAUUUACCAACUGGACAGCUACGCGCCACGGGCCGAGGCUGAAAAAACUUUCAGUUACCCGCUUGAUCUGCUGCUCAAGCUACAUGACGAACGUGUGCUGGUUGCCUUCGGCCAACGCGACGGAAUCCGGGUGGGGCACGCAGUGCUGGCCAUCAAUGGCAUGGACGUGAACGGCAAAUACACGGCUGAUGGGAAAGAGGUGCUGGAGUACCUGGCCAACCCUUCUAACUACCCGGUGUCCAUUCGGUUCGGCCGACCCCGCCUUACCUCCAAUGAGAAGCUCAUGCUGGCCUCUAUGUUCCACUCGCAGUUCCCACGGUCUCUUCUGACUGACUCAGGCCAUAAUGUCAACUCAGCAGAUAGGACCACUUCAGUGGAAAAGUGUGGGAAGCACUCCGUCCUUACAGCAGAGGGGUGCAUUCCCAGCUUUGCCUCCUUUGCAAAUAGGCUGUUCGCAAUCGGCUCCCAGCUGUCUCCUGAACAGGGCAGCUCAGGCAUUGAGAUGCUGGAGACAGACACAUUCAAACUACACUGCUUCCAGACACUGACAGGGAUCAAGUUUGUGGUGCUGGCAGACCCUAGGCAAGCUGGAAUAGAUUCUCUUCUCCGAAAGAUUUAUGAGAUUUAUUCAGACUUUGCCCUCAAGAAUCCAUUCUACUCCCUGGAAAUGCCCAUCAGGUAGGUGUGAGCUGUUUGACCAGAACCUGAAGUUAGCCCUGGAGGUGGCGGAGAAGGCUGGGACUUUUGGACCUGGGUCAUAGGCUGAGCCUGCAAUGGACACCCCUCCCCACAAAUUCUGAGAGAUCCUGCAGCAGAGGUCCUGCUGUUUCCACUCCAGUGGAGAGCCCAGAAGCCUUGUUAGUGCACUUGAGAAUGGGAGGAUGUUGAGCCUGAUGACGUGUACUGAUCCCCAAGCCUUAAGACCAUGCUUUCUUCCCUCCUGUAUCUAUCAUGGUCCUACUUCCCAACUCAGUAGUUUUAUUUAUGGAGGAGGUAGGCCCAUAAAUGUGCUGUAAUAAACAUUCCUUUGAUCUCA